AUGACUUUAGCAAGAAAACUUUUAUUAUUUGACGAAUUUAAUAUGUUAACGUAUGAUGAACAAUCAGCUUUUUUGUAUAAGUGUAUAAAAGUAAAUGCUCCUGUGAGAAGACGACCAGGAAAAACAGAUGCUACAUCACGACGAUUUUGUUUAUUUAAAUAUUACAUAGAUGAUUUACAGGUAUGCAAAAAUACUCUUUUAAAUACGUUUGGUAUUACAAGAAGACGUGUUAUGACGCUACAAGAUAAAAUUAAAUUAGGUAUUAUUACACCUAGGGAUAACCGUGGAAAACAUUUAAAUAGACCUCAUGCUAUUGAUGCCCCUGUAAGAGAUUUAAUUAGACAACACAUAAAUAGUUUACCUCGACAACCGUCUCAUUACAGCCGUAUCGCUACAGAUAACCUGCAAUGUUUGAGUUCAGACUUAAAUUUGUGUAAGCUUUAUCGAUCGUUUAAAAAUAAAUAUCCAGAUAUAAAUGUCAGUAAACGUAUCUAUAGAAAUAUUUUUCGGUCAUACUUUAAAUUACGUUUCGGCUAUCCGCGUUCAGAUACAUGCAAACAGUGUGAUUUUUUUUAUAAUAAAUUAGUGGCAGCUAAUACAGAGGAAGAAAGAAAAAAAAUAGAAAUUGAUAGUAAGUUGCAUCAUUCUAAAGCUGAGCAAUCGUAUGAUGCCCUUAAAAAAGAUACAGACAUCGGUAAACUCAAUAGCUCUAUUGUAGUGCUUUGCGUUGAUCUACAGCAAGUAUUAUUUUGCCCAACUCUUACACAUUCUAACAUGUUUUAUCAGAGACAACUUUCCAACUAUAAUUUAGCAAUUCAUAACGUAGGUAAUAAUGAAGUUUCUAUGCAUUUGUGGUAUGAAUGUAUCGCUAAAAGAGGCUCAUUAGAAAUAGCUUCGUGUAUUUUAAAUUAUAUCGAAAAUAAUUACGAUAUUCUUGGACAUGGCGAAGAGAGGAAAUUGAUAAUAUGGUCUGAUAGAUGUGUCGGUCAAAAUAAUAACUGGCGAAUAUUAAACAUGUAUUCCUAUCUAAUAUUUUGCAAGUAUUUUACAGAAAUUAAUCAAAAAUUUCUUUCGACUGGCCAUAGUUUUUUACCAUGUGACCGUGAUUUCGCUUUAAUUGAAAAAUAA